AUGCUCGCGGUAACGGCGCGACAGGGAGUGCGCGUGCACGGGCGGCGGGCGUUCGGGAGCUUCGGGACGGUGGCGGAGGGGCUGACGGCGCUGCACGCGGCGUCCGGGCUGCCGUGGCUGGCGCUGGUUCCUCUGACGACGGUGGCGCUGCGGACAGCGGUGACGCUGCCGCUGAGCAUAUGGCACCGGCGGCGACUGAUCAAGCAGCAGGAGCUGCGGAGGGUGGUGCAGGCGGUGGCGCCGGUGGCGAAGCUGCGGCUGGCGGCGGCGGCGAGCCGCGCGCAGACGGCGGACGGCGCGGUGUCGAGCGCGGGCACGCCGGUGGGCGCGGCGGACGGGCCGGCCGCAGGCGCCCGAGGGCUGACGCCGCAGCACAUCCUGCUGUUGGCGAUGAAGGAGACGCGGCGGCGGCAGCGCGCGCUGUUCGCGGAGAACGGCGUGCAGCUGUGGAAGAAUGCGGUGCUUCCGGCGGUGCAGCUGCCGUUGUGGGUCGGCGUUUCGCUGGGGAUCCGGCAGCUGGCGGACCAGCCGCUGAUGGACGCCAACAUGCCGCAGGCGCACGUGCUCUCGCACCUGAGCGAGCAGACGUGGCUGACGCGGGCGGCCUCGCUGGACCUCGGCGUGCCGCUCGCGGAGGCGCCGAUGCUGGUACCAGUGGUGCUGGGCGUGCUGGCAAUGGUGAAUGUCGAGUACAACGGGCGCCUGAUGCAGAGCACGGGGGCUGCGGGCGUGGAGACCACCACGGACCCGACCUCCCGCAGGGCGCAUAUCUUCGCUAGCAUCAUGAACCUGUCGCGGAUCUCGAGCUUGUUCCUGAUGGGCGUUUCAUCGCAGGCCCCGCUGCUGCUGUCGCUGUACUGGCUGAGCUCGCAGCUCUACUCGCUGCUGCAGAAUAUGCUGUUGGAGUGGCUGUGGCCCUACCGCAGAUGA